AUGGGACACCUUAAUAAGAUGCUAGCUUUCCUUCCGUUUGUGUUGUUAGGUUUAUCUGAGGUCAAGAGAAGUGUAGCACAGAGCCGGAUCCUCUCCAAUACCCCAGAGCUUACGCCAUCUAACACAAGCCUUCCCUCUGCCGCCACACUCGCUAACUGUCCAAAGCGAUGCGGCGACGUGAGCUUCGACUAUCCCUUCGGCAUAGGAGAUGGCUGUUUCCGCCAUCCUGACUUCAGUCUCGGAUGCGACAGCAGCACGCAGCCUCCCAAACUCUUCUUGCAAGCUGACGAUUCUGUGGAGAUUUCUGAUAAUAUUGAUGUUUCCGGUCAGGACGUUGGCGAUUUUUUACACUUCAACAGCUUUCUAGCCACCUUCACCCAUGUCAUCCCCGUAAAAACUGGCAUCGAUGUCUACAACUUCUCAUGGAAAUCUCCAGGUGUUUCUUUUACUAUUGUAGAGACAAUGGUAAUUGGUGUCGCCAGCUGCGACUUGGAUGUUUUCUUGAUAGGUCAAGACGGCGCUGCUAAAUUACUUUGCACGGUUGCUUGUCCCAACAAAGAGAUAGCAGAGAUGGUCUACAUGCAAGACUGUGCAGGCCCUGGCUGCUACUUUUUAUCUUCUGAAACACCAGUUCAGACGGUCCAAUUACAGGUUAUUCGCCACAAGACAAACAAUACCUUGAGAUACUCCAAUCUAAGCAUGCUGUGGGAUAGAAUCAAUAUAAGUAUCGGGGGCCCGGUUGUUUGGAGUAUUGUUGACCAAACAAGAUGCUCAAGAAACAUGGAAGAUAAUUCGAAGGGCGACUACGCUUGUGUCAGCAAUCACAGUGGGUGCAGAACAUCUGUGUUUAGAGAUACUGGAUAUGCAUGUCAAUGCAAUUCUGGUUACAUCGGAAAUCCAUAUAUCCUUGAUGGGUGUAAGCAUGACAGCGGUUACAACCCAAGACCAGAAAAGCGUAAUUGCUCUCGACAUUGUGGGACAGUCGAAGUGCCAUUUCCGUUUGGCCUUGAAGAGGGUUGCUCAGCGAGGAACCUCUUUCGGCUGACAUGCUCUGACGAGACAAAUUCUGUCGUCAAGUUUAAUGACUUUUUUCAGGUGAUGUAUAUAAAUGUCAGUGAAGGGCUUCUGGGCAUCAAAUACAACUCAACUUUUCAGGAGCAGCAAUUCAAUAUGAUGGUCAAAAUGAUUAUUUCGUCUGAUGAACCAGACCUAUUUGUUGACCCUCUUGAAUCAGCCUCUGUGCAAUGGGCUGUUGCUAACCUGACAUGCCAAGAGGCGCAACAGAACACUUCUGGAUAUGCAUGUGUAAGCACCAGCAGCACCUGCUUGAAUGUUCUUAGCUCCAUGGAAGGUUUUAUUGGCUACAGAUGCACUUGUUCCCCUGGUUAUCAUGGAAAUCCGUACAUACAAGAUGGUUGCGAAGAUAUCAACGAGUGCCAAGAGACACCAGGAAUUUGCAAAGGAGUUUGCCACAAUACAGUUGGAAACUACAGCUGCACAAAAUGCCCUGAUCAUACUGAGUACGACAUGUUAAGAAUGCAGUGCACCCCAAAAAGAAAGCAAAGCUUCUACUCAGGUAUUGUAAUUGGGCUUAGUAGUGGCUUUGGGAUGCUACUUCUUGGAUUAAGUGGGAUGGUUCUCAUUCGAAGAUGGCAAAGACAUGCACAGAAAAGACUGCAGAGGAAGUAUUUCCAAAAGAACCAGGGCCUUCUAUUCGAACAAUUGAUAUCAGCGGACGAAAAUGCAAGUGAGAAGACAAAGAUUUUCUCAUUGGAAGAGCUUAAAAAGGCGACAAAUAACUUUGACACCACACGCAUCCUUGGUUGUGGAGGGCAUGGCACAGUAUACAAAGGUAUCUUAUCUAACCAACAUGUGGUGGCCAUUAAGAAGGCCAAGGUCAUCAGGGAAUGUGAGAUUAAUGAUUUCAUCAAUGAGGUUGCAAUCCUUUCUCAAAUAAAUCACCGGAAUAUUGUUAAACUCUUUGGAUGUUGUCUUGAAACUGAGGUCCCCUUAUUAGUCUAUGAUUUUAUUCCCAAUGGUUCAUUAUUUGGACUACUUCAUCCAGAUUCAAGUAGCACAAUCUAUUUAUCAUGGAGUGAUCGCCUAAGAAUUGCAGCAGAAGCUGCAGGAGCUCUAUGUUAUCUCCACUCUGCAGCAUCAAUUUCAAUCUUCCACCGUGAUGUGAAGUCCUCUAAUAUACUCCUGGAUGCAAAUUAUACUGCUAAAGUUUCAGAUUUUGGCGCUUCAAGAUCAGUUCCCAUCGAUCAAUCCCAUGUCAUCACAAAUGUACAGGGUACAUUUGGUUACUUAGAUCCAGAAUAUUACCAAACUAGGCAACUAAAUGAGAAGAGUGAUGUCUACAGUUUUGGUGUGGUACUUCUAGAACUUCUUCUAAGAAAACAACCCAUUUUUACCACAGACUCUGGGAUGAAACAAAAUUUGUGUAGUUACUUCCUUUCGGAGAUUAAGACCAGACCAAUUACUGAUAUGGUGGAUGCUCAAGUUCUUGAACAAGCAAGCAAGGAACAUAUUAAAGAAGUUGCAUCACUUGCUGAGAUGUGCUUGAAGCUAAAAGGUGAAGAAAGGCCUAGGAUGAAGCAAGUAGAGCUAACGUUGCAGCUUCUGCGAACAGAAAGAAUGAACUCAUCUCAGGUUGAUCCAGCCAUUGACCAAGAGAUACUGCCGGUGUUGACUGAAGGAGCUAUUGACCCAGAGAAACAAGCAUUAGCAACAAAUUUGGAUGUCCAUAGAGCUAAUGUAGCAUCUCAAUGCCUCCAAAUAUCGUGCCACAGCUUGGAGAGAGAAUUCUUGUCAUCUGCUAGCUUACCACGGUAGAUGAGUUUUUCCUAUUUCCGUUGUGUUUGUUCUUCUUUAUACUUAACUCAUUUUCUUCAAAUAUAAUACUCCCUCUGUUUUCAUUUAAAUGGUACUGUGUUGGUUAGUUAAUGAACUAAAAAUUUAUUAAAGAAUGGAGGGAGUACAUCCAUAUGUAUUGUGUACUUGCAAUCAUGUCUGUAGAAAUGAGAAAUUAUACUACAUGACAUUAACAGGGAGCUAGUUCUACAAUAUGCCAUCGAUGAAUGCAAAUUAUCUAACAUACAAUCACA